GUGAUAAGUACUGGCCGCGCUACCAUACACUUCUGUCUGUAGCGGAAGAUAGGUUUUCUAACGUUUAAUAAUAUUUUGUCUCAAGUUUUAUAACGAGAAAUCAUGAAUUCUCUUCGCUUCGUGGUACGACAGAGUUUACCUCAACUGAGGCAUAUUCACAAGUGUGUUGUUUCUCAGCAGGCGGAAACCGUAGUUGCCGCUGCAUCUGCAGACCAAAUGACUAUUCCUGUUCCUGAAGGUGUGGACAAGCCUGUCAGUGAAAAAAUUGAUAAAAUUGCCAAAGACAUUACUGCUCUGAAUCUCAUUGAGGUUGCAGAACUUAGCAGUUUGCUAAAAAAGCGACUUAAUUUACCCGAUGCGCCUGUUAUGCCUGUAGGAGGUUUCGCAGUAGCUGCUAAGUCUGAAGAGGAUGAAGAAGAAGCUGUACCAAAACAAGUACAAACUUCCUUUACAGUAAAGCUUACAAAGUUCGAUGAAGGACAAAAAGUUGCUCUCAUCAAAGAGAUAAAGAAUCUUAUACCUGGAACAAAUCUUGUGCAGGCUAAGAAGUUUGUGGAAAGUAUUCCAGUAGUGGUGAAAGAAGAUUUAAGUAAAGAUGAUGCAGAAAAGCUGAAGGAAGCAAUUACAAAAGUGGGUGGUAUUGUAGAAAUAGUUUAAUCUCUGUAUAGAGCCCAUAACACAAGUUGUAUCAUCUAGUUUAUAGAAAAAAAAAAGAAUAAACAAUACUAUAAUACCCAAAA